AUGGAACCUUGGGCAAUUCCGCUUAUUAUUUUCUCUGUAUUUUUCUGUAUGACUCUUUUUUUUGCUUGCCUUAGUCGAUGUGGUAACCUAGGGGGUGGAGGUCAUGACUUUAGUGGAGCUGAUGUGCCUGAUGGCUUUGGCGGAGGAGGUGAUGUAAGCAUAGAUAUUGGUAGCCCUGAUAACGUUGGUGGUGAUACAGGGUUUAGCAGUUGGGGAGGUGAAGGAGGUUUUGAUGGUGGAGGUGCUGGUGGUUUUGGCAGCGGUAGUGGCGGUGGAGGUUGUGAUAGUGGUGGUGGUGCUGCUGGAGGCAGCGGUGGAGGUGGAGGUGGUUGUUAG